CGGGAACGCAUCGAAUCACCGAAAAUGCAUGUAUAAGCUACCGAUCGGAAUGAAAUUUGAACACCGACGGUCGGCGAUCGGGGAAUUUUGGUGUUACAUAACUGCGUUGCCUACCUACCAUGCUACCUACCUAGUUUUCCCCAUGACAUUUUUGCACACCGUUGCAUCCAGUUUGUCCGGUCUAUACAACAUUCAAGACGGCCAGUCUGGUUCCGGGCAGUGAGCAGUGUAACGAUCUGUUCCCUUAUUACCGGUACGAUUAAACUCUGGCUUGCCCUAUAAUAUAUAGAGUAAUUCUCCAUCCACGACCCUGAC